AUGUCUGAGGUAGGAAACAUCGGCCCAUGCAUACAUCUUGAUACGAUCUAACCAGCGUUUCCACCGCAGUUCUUCAUGAAAAAUGAAUUCGUUGGUCAGCGCCAUGGCGUCGAGGACUGGCGGAUUCGUGGCAUGACGCCCCUCACUCCUCCUGAUCUCCUACAGCAUGAGGUCCGACAGACCGAAAAGUCGAAAGAGACCGUCAUCAAGGGCCGCAACGAGGCGGUCGACAUUGUACAAGGCCGCGACGAGAAUCGCCGUCUCAUGGUCGUCAUUGGACCAUGUUCGAUUCACGACCCUCAAAUGGCGCUUGAGUACUGCGAUCGACUGCUAGAGCUGAAGAAGAAGUACGAGGAUGACCUGUUGAUUGUCAUGAGGAGCUACUUGGAGAAGCCGCGAACCACUGUUGGUUGGAAGGGUCUGGUCAAUGACCCGGACAUCGACAACACCUUCAACAUUAGCAAGGGCCUGCGCAUCGCAAGACAGAUGUUUGUGGAUCUAACAACCAAGGGCAUGCCUUUGGCUAGCGAAAUGCUGGACCCCAUCUCCCCGCAGUUCACGGCAGAUCUAUUGUCUGUUGGCGCGGUCGGUGCACGCACAACUGAAUCACAAGUUCACCGUGAGCUUGCAUCUGGUCUGUCUUUCCCUGUUGGUUUCAAAAAUGGCACAGACGGUACGCUCCGUGUUGCCAUUGACGCUAUCGGCGCUGUCAAGUCUCCCCAUCGUUUCCUCUCCGUCACGAAGCCCGGAAACGUUGCCAUCGUUGGUACCGACGGCAACGACGAUUGCUUCGUGAUCCUUCGUGGUGGUAGCAAGGGCACGAACUACGACGCGAAAUCGAUUGCCGAAGCCAAGGCGGCACUCAAGAAGCAAGAUCUGCGACAGCUCUUGAUGGUAGACUGCAGCCACGGCAAUUCGGAGAAGAACCAUAAGAACCAGCCAAAGGUUGCCAAAGCUCUUGCUGACCAGAUUCGCGAGGGAGAGACUGCCAUCAUGGGCGUGAUGAUCGAGUCCAACAUCAACGAGGGCAGCCAAAAGGUUCCUCCAGAGGGCAAGGCUGGUCUCAAGUAUGGCGUGAGCAUCACAGAUGCUUGCAUCGGCUGGAAGGAUACCGAGGAGGUGCUGUUGGAGCUCGCAGAUGCUGUGCGCGCCAGGAGAGGAAAGCUUGGCCCCGUCAAGCAGACGAACGGCGCUAACGGUCACGCCUAA